AUAAAAAAAAAUCAGGAAAUUAGGCAAUAUGAGGUACGAGCUGAGAAGUUGAAAGAGGAAGCGAAGCUCAUCUUUGCACAAGUAGUAGCAGAUGACGAUUUGGUGGCUAAGCUGGAGCUCGUUGACAGCGUGAGGAAGCUAGGGUUAGCUAGCUUCUUCGAGGAUGAAAUAAAAGAAGGUCUUGAUCACGUUGUGUCAUUUGCUAUUGGAAAGCCGAGUUCCCACAUGAAACACAGUCUCCAUUUCUGUGCACUGUCCUUCAGGCUCCUCCGACAACAUGGUUAUCAUGUUUCUCAAGUUCAAGACAUUUUCAGUGAGUUUGUGGACAAACCCACAAGGAGUUUCAUGGAAAGCAAGUGCUGCGGGGACACAUUAGGGCUAGUGGAGCUAUUUGAGGCUUCACAUUUGGGACUGGAGCAUGAAGAUAUCAUGGAAGAAGCCAAUCGUUUCUCAGCACGAAUCUUGAAGAGCAGCUAUCCGAGCUUAUUACUUCAUCAUGACAAGGACCUGGCAGAAUGUGUGGCCCACGCUCUGGAGCUACCAAUCCACUGGCGCGUACAGUGGUUCGACGUGAAAUGGCAUAUCAAGGUCCACGAGAAGAGGAAGAAGGUGGACAGGGCUUUGAUUGACUUGGCUAAGGUCAACUUCAACGUGGUCCAAUCCGCACUGCAGAAGGAUUUGAGGCAGAUUGCCAGGUGGUGGAAGGAUCUUGGUCUCAUUGAAAGGCUGGACUUCACGAGGGAUCGAAUUGUGGAGAGCUUCCUGUGUUCCGUGGGGCUAGCAGUCGAGCCAGAGUUUAGCAGUUUCAGAAUACAUCUCACGAAAAUUAUAAUCAUGAUACUGAUCUUGGAUGAUGUUUACGAUGUUUAUGGCUCCAUAGAAGAGCUAAAACACUUUACAGCCGCCAUUGAAAAGCGGAAUGCAAGGAAAGUGGACAAACUGCCUAAACCUAUGAAGUUGUGCUUCCAAGCUCUAACUGACAUCACAGAAGAAAUCUCAGUUGAGAUCCAAAACGAGAAAGGCGAGGACCAUGUGCAGCCUCACCUGGAAAGAGUGUGGGGAGAUUUCUGCAAAGCAAUGCUAGUGGAAGCAAAAUGGUGCCGUGGCGGACGGACCCCGUCGCUAAAAGAGUAUCUGACCAACGGCAGCGUCUCGUCGUCCGGCACAGUCAUCGCCGUCCACUCGUUUUUCUCGGUGUUAAACAGUAACACGACGAGGGGAAUGAAAGGCUUAUCGGAGAAAAAUCAUCACCAUCUCAUUCACAACGUCUGCCUCAUCAUUCGCCUAUGCAACGACAUUGGAACUUCCAAGGUAGAGCAAGAGAGAGGGGAAGUGGCAUCCUCGUCAAUAGCUUGUUACAUGCGUGAAGCCAAUACAACGGAGGAGAAAGCCAAGGAUCACAUCAAAGGAUUGAUAACCAAAGUGUGGAAGAAAAUCAACGAGCAAUGCUUUGGCCGGCAGCCGCCGAUGAUCACUCCCGGGCUAUUCGUGGACAUAACCACCAACAUGGCUCGUGUGGCCCAUAACUUGUACCAACAUGGCGAUGGGUUUGGAGGGCAAGACCACAAACAUCAUCAUAAGAAGCAGAUUCUGUCUCUCCUUGUUCACCCUCUCAAGCUCGAGUCCUCUUGAUCAGUCACGAUAUUAGUGAACGUUGUAUGGUGGGGAAAAAUAACCGAUAGUGCACGUAUGUUGAGUUCGUGUUUUUGAGAUUUCGUGUUUGUCUCUCUUGUUCGUCUAUGUUGUAUUGUUACUGGGCUUUUCCACAAUAUGUUGAGAAAGGUUUUUCAUUUCAUAAGUUAAUCAUGCUUGUUGCUACGAAUAAAGAGUCUAUCUAAUCUUGAUAUUCAGUUGAUCUAUCAACAAUUUUUUUUACGGAUAUGAAAAAACAGUGUGAUGGUAGAG